AUGCAAGACGGACUCAAGGGAAGGAUGACUACGCACACGGCAAACGCCGUCGAGCAGUUUCAGCAGUAUGUAAACAGCGGGAAUGUCGAGGGAGCCCGCGGAAUCCUCGACGAUGCGGAGAACCCCGUUGAUAUCAAUACCCCUCUCAUGUCUCAAACCGAUCGCGGCGACCCCACGCGACGAACUGCGCUUCAAAUCGCCAUCUACAAGAAUUGGCCAGAGUUGUUUGAAUUUCUUCUCUCGAGAAAUGCCGAUGUGAACCUCAAUCCCGACAAUGUGACCAAUGAAUCAGCUCUACAACUGGCGGUCCGGAAAGACCGGCGUGAGCUUGUUCACCACCUUCUCGAGCACAACGUGGACGUCAACGCACCACGUGGGGGGGCUGAUGGACAAACAGCACUACAUCUUGCAUUUAGGAGCGAAGACGAGGCCUGGGUUGAGCGUUUCCUGAGACACGGAGCCGAUAUCGAGGCCCAGGAUGAAAAAGGGAAAUCGGUACUGUCUAUAGCUCGGGGGCUUAGCCAGGACCGUCGAAUAGCUCACUUGAUCAUGGCGCAUCAUGAAAGAUUGAGGGUCUCUAGGCCGCGCCGCCUCAUUGUUUGCUGUGAUGGGACGUGGAUGAAGAACGACACAAAGCAGCCACUGUCGAAUGUGGCAAGGAUCGCACUCUGCUUUGCCGAUUGCGAUCGCGAGCAUGAGAAGAACUUCGUACAAAUUGUCCAUUACCAGCCCGGCGUUGGCACCAGCUCCUUCGGUCCAUACAACUUAUACGAAGGCGCUUUCGCCAAAGCCAUUUCGCAAGACGUAAGAGACGCAUACGGCUUCAUCUGCGAUAACUACUCGUUUUAUGAUGACGAAAUAAUACUCAUCGGCUUCUCUCGAGGGGCAUUCACCGCCCGCGCUCUUGCGGCUCUAAUCAAAGACGUGGGUGUACUUACUGGUGCAGGAAGAUUUUGUAUCGAUCAUGUGUACGGCCUAUGGGAGAAACGACCACUGGCAACCAGCUCUUUACGAGAUGAUCCUUUACCAAAGUAUGUAGAUAAUCUAGCCAAGCAUCAUCUUACCCAAAGAGAUGUACGGAUCAGGGCAUGCGCGGUUUGGGACACUGUCGCGUCCCUCGGCGCGAAUCUCCCAAAAUGGCUGCCGCGGAUUCCGUCCCGUAGACUAAAAUUCGUCGACUCAAGGCUUUGCACAAAUAUCGACUAUGCGUUUCAGGCACUAGCACUGGACGAAAAAAGAUUCAACUUCCAGCCAAUGUUGUGGAAGGAGAAGGAUACUACACAACACUUGACGCAGUGUUGGUUUCGAGGCUCUCACGGAGAUGUGGGCGGUGGAAACGACAGCUUUUGUCUCGCGAACCUACCACUCGCUUGGAUGAUUUCAAAAUUGCAGGAGAACCGACUCGCAUCAUUCGACGGCUACAAAAUCAGCCAUCUCGCCUCGCACUGGAGGCUGUUGCCAUGGCUCCUCGGAGAGACAGAAGGCGACGGGCGCUACCAGCUGCCAGUCCAGAACUUCGACGUGUUCAAUUCGCAUACUGGGGGGUAUAAACUCGCCGGAACUAAGCUGCGAGAACCGCGAGUCGCCGCGGAUCAAGUUAACGAUUCGGGGGAGUAUCUUCACAUAUCGGUCAAACGACUCUCAAAUUCUGACCCAAACAUCAUCCUCCAUGGUAAUACGCUCCAACGCAUGGCCGUUCAAGAAUGGGUCGAUGGCAUGUCGAGCACCGGAUUUUACAAGGAUGGCUGA